AUGGAUACAGUGACCUUUAAGGAUGUGUAUGCAAACUUCACCCAUGGAGAGUGGGCUUUGCUGAAUCCUUUCCAGAAUAGUCUCUACGAAGAUAUUAUGCUGGAAACCCACAGGAACCUCACUGCUAUAGGCUACAAAUGGGAAGACCAGAAUAUUGAUGAACAUUAUCAAAGUUCUACAAGACAUGGAAGAUAA